ACUAAACGGCAUCGCUGAGCCAGUCGGGAGCUUGCAUCAUACCUACCUACCGACUACCUGCCUGACUCUAUCUAUCAGCCUUCCAACUAUCAACUUGCCGACAACUUGACUUGAGCGAGCCGCGGGUGUUCGUCGCAUGAUAUAGAAAUAACCGGCAACUUCGCCUAUCAGUACGCCUUCGCUAAAUUCGCGGCUCGUUGACGACCACGAGUGCCCGCUUGUUUCCCGUUUCGGUACCCCGCCAUCAAACUUCGGUCGAGUGCCACGCAACCCCGGAAUACGGCUGCCUUCGAACGAUCGCUGCCUGCGCACAACCUCUUAAACGACCGGAACCCUUUCGAUCUAAUCGACUCGUACCAUCAACCCCAAAACCUUAGCAAAUCUCACCAUGUCUGGCGUCUGGGGCUGGUUUGGCGGUGGCGGCGGCGCCAAGAAGAAGAACGAUGCCAAAGAUGCAAUCCUCGGCCUUAGGGUCCAGCUUGAUAUGCUGCAAAAGAGAGAGAAGCAUCUCCAGACGCUGAUGGAUGAACAAGAUACUAUUGCAAGGAAGAAUGUCAACACAAACAAGAACGCCGCAAAGGCUGCCUUACGUCGCAAGAAGGGCCAUGAACACAGCCUCGAACAGACCAUUUCGCAAAUCACGACACUCGAGUCCCAAAUCAACGCUAUCGAGUCGGCGAAUAUCAACCGCGAGACGCUCUUGGCAAUGGAGAAGGCUGGCCAGGCCAUGAAGGGUAUCCACGGCAAGCUCACGGUUGACAAGGUGGACCAGACAAUGGAGGAUCUCCGCGAACAGAAUGCGCUUAGCGAGGAAAUCGUCAACGCUAUCACAACGGGCCAGACCGACAAUAUCAUCGACGAGGACCUUGAGGAUGAGCUGGAUCAAAUGCAGCAGGAGGCUCUGGACGAGCAAAUGGUGGGCACUGGCACGGUACCUGUGUCAGACCGCGUCCACCAGAUGCCUGCCGCCGCGAACGGCCCGAGUAAGGAAAUUCCGCCCUUCGAGGUCAUGAUAACUGUGAUGUACUGACGAGAUAAACUAGUCAAAGGCAAGGCGCAAGCUGUC